UCUGAAACAUUAGUGGCGCCACCAUGUAUGCACAAAAUUAUUGUUUAAAUUGAAACCUAUGCCAAAGACAAAAUUAAAAAUGAUACACGAUGUGUGUCAUAAAAAUUUUAUUAAGAAACACGUUUAAAUAAUUUUCGGCUUAAUCAAAACAAAAUAGAAUACUUAUUAUUCAAAUAAUUAAAACACGACCAAAGUAGUCAUCUAGCGGAAAGCUGCUGAACUAAAUGAUCAUACACUAAGAGCAUACAAUUUACACAACAAAAACUUUUAUCACUAGAUGGCAGUGUGAUACAAUCACGCGUGAUAAAAUCUAGUUUUGUAUUGUUUUUAAUUAGGUACAUAAAAUUUAACAGUAUUAUUAAUAAUUGUAAUUGUCAAAUACUAAAACAAUUCAUUUAUUUUUUUACUAUAUUGUUGAGAAAUAUUUAUAACACUAGCAACACUCAACUCAAUAUAGCACAUUCACACCAAACUACCAAAUCAUUAAUACAUGUGGCAGAAUUCGGAACUAAACUAAACGCCCACUUAAGACACCUUGUUACAUAGACACUAGCGCCAAGGACAAUUGCAAUAAAAUGAUACUUUAGAACGAUAGUGCUGAAUGAGAGAAAAAUAAUCACUCGUGAGAUGUCAUCGAGCAGUGACGUACGUCGCUUUUAAAACAUUAAUACAAUUUAAAGUCGUAAACAUUGGUGACUAAAAAAUAACCUAAAUUAUUUGUGUUGUAAUACCAGUGAUAUUAGAGUACAUUACAUAAUUUUGUUGAUUGUUUUGUGCGAUAUCGUCUGCGUCCUGUGAAAUUGUUUAAAAUAAUGACUGUUUGCUGAAAAAUCGAUUGAGAAAAAUGUCUUUAAAGAAAGAAUCUCGUACAGAUGUGCAGUUCCAUCUAGCCGCAUUACGCGGAGACUGCGAUCGACUGCGACAACUCCUAGACACGGGGAAGGUUCACAUCGACUCGAGAGACCGGGAUGGCACCACACCGCUGAUCCUGUCUGCCGCAAUGGGCCACACAGAGUGCGUUCGAGAACUGCUAGCGCAGGGUGCAGACCCGGCCUGCAGUAGAACGACAGGAACGAGUGCGUUGUUCUUCGCGGCCCAGGGCGGGUUCCUCGACAUCGCCAGGCUACUGCUCGACGCGGGCGCCGGCAUCGACGCUCCGAGCACGGAUGGCGGUACACCGUUGUUUGUGGCGUGCCAGUGCGGGCAUCUACCUGUCGUUGAAGAGCUGAUCGCGAGGGGAGCCAAUGUCAAUUCUGCCAUGAAGGACAAAGCCACCCCCCUCUUCAUAGCCGCCCAGAACGGGCACGAGGAGGUGUGCCGCGCUCUGCUGGCGGCCGGCGCCCGAGUGGACGCGGCGCGCGCCGACCGCGCCACGCCGCUGUGGAUCGCGGCGCAGUGCGGCCACGACCACGUGGCGCGCGCGCUGCUGGCCGCCGGCGCCCGCGUCGACCAGGUCCGGCAGGACGGCGCCACGCCGCUGUUCAAGGCGGCGCACAAGGGCCACGCGGCCGUGGUGGUGGAGCUGCUCAAGUACAGGCCCAACCUCGGCCUGUUGCCAAACGGUCAGUCGGCGCUGCACGGCGCCGCCAUGUUCGGGCAGCUGGCGUGCGCGCGGCUGCUGGCGCGGCGCGGCGGCCUGCGCCGGCGCAGCGCGGCCGGCCUCACGCCGCGCCAGGCCGCCGCGGCCGCCGGGAAACAUGACGUCGCCGCCUACUUGAAAAGGCUGGAGGACUCGUAGCGUACGAGAACUUAAUAUUCUACAUCUAAGUCUUACCGGGAACUUUAGACGAAAACGCCCGAACACCUUUCCAUAGAAACGUAGUCCCCAUUUUGCUCUCUGGAUAUUAACCCCCUUAUUGUACGUAAACGUGUCCUAAAGUUCCUGCCGGUGAGUAAAGUUGCCGGAGCUCAACGAGGGGGGGGGGAUGCUAGGGUCGGCAACGCGCUUGUGAGCAUAUCCUCUGGAGUUGCGGGCGUACGUAGGCUCCGGAGCCUGCUUACCAUCAGGCGGGCCGUAUGUUUGUUUGCCACUUGUAAAAAAAAAUACGAUGUCGCCGAUCAUCGUUUGUCCCUUUCCGACGUAUUGGUAUGAUGGAAAGGGACAAACGAUGAUAAGCGGCAUCGUAGCUUUAGUACGCGUUUAUAAAUAAGGGGGUUACAAUAUAAAAAUGGUUCCACACAAUUUGAUGUCACUAUAGCUAUACUCCUUUUGUUUUUUUUUUAAUCAAAAUUAUGAGCAUUAAAAUAUGUGUUAGAGUCCGACCAAGAUAAAUUGGCAGAUGUACAAGUGUUAAGUAAACUUCAUAGAAGUGUGACGUUUAAAAUAACACUUGGACUGUCAAUCGCUUGUGACGACCGGUCCGGCCUAGUGGGUAAUGACCCUGCCUAUAAAGCUGAUGGUCCCGGGUUCAAAUCCUGGUAAGAGCAUAUAUUUGUGUGAUGAACACAGAUAUUUGUUUCUGAGUCAUGGGUGCUUAUAUGUAUUUAAGUAUUUAUAAUUAUAACAUAUUAUAUAUAUCGUUGUCUAGGUCCAACACAAGCCUUAUUGAGCUUACUGUGGGGCUUAGUCAAUUUGUGUAAUAAUGUCCUAUAAUAUUUAUUUAUUAAUCGCUGCCAUUAUCUUGGUCUGACUAGAAUAGAAUAGGGUUUGUUGGUCUCUCCUAACUUUUAUAAUAGAUCAUUAGACAGACAAAAAAGUCAAACGAAGAAGUAUAGCCAUGCUUAGCUUGAUAUACAUAAAAUUAAUAUCCAGAAACAUAACUAGAAACUACGUCUGUAUGGAAUACCUAUCACAAUACCCAGUGCCGGAUUAACCAUUAAGCAAAAUAAGCACUUGCUUAGGGCACCACGUCUAGGGGGGCACCAAAAUCGUAGGAAAAAAACGCGCAGGCUGCAUCGCAGUCGUAGUACUUAUGUACACGAAAUUUUUUGUCGACUUUGACGUGUGCAAGUACCCAUCUAAUAACGGGGUCGUAAUAGAGUGAGGACACGUAAGCACAUCUCCAACCCUUCGCGGAGGCCCUCAAAGCUCAUAGCCAAAAUAUCUUACCGUCGGGCUUGUGGCCAACCGAUUUUGUCGACGUAGAUUACCGAUUUUGUAGCGAAUUUUGCUCUCUUGCACGCCAGAUGUGUCGGCCUGGCCGAGUUGCUGCAGAACCACGAUCCUGCGACCUAAUUGUCAAACUGUUAUAAAGGGCCCCGCGAAGGCACAAAACCAAAAGCAACUUAUUAAGUUUCGGUUUCCACUUAAGCCAAAGGCCGAGCAGUAGGAGAACCGUGAUACCAUAGGUUCGAUUUCAAGCCACUCUAUUGCAGUUCGGCGUUAGGUCUUAUGCGACGCUACUUUGUGCAAACUGCCUUACUUUCACUUAACAUGGAUCCAAAUCUAAGCUGUCCUCUCUCGAAGCUGGGCCUUCUGCCUUGCUCACACCUCGCCAUCAGUUGUAUCGUAUGAUAACCCACCGCGAUCGGACGCUCCGGACGUUCAGCCAUUCAUACCUCGCCAGUGGUCAAAUUCAAAUGCUUUCUUCCAGCUCGACCUUUGGCCUCAUCCAUGCCUCAUCCGUAAGCGCCGAUCGAACGCUCUGAGCGUUCAGCCUUAUGAAAAGCUCAGCCUUAGACUUUGCCUUUAAAAACACUGAUUUAAACUUUCACGAUUUAGGCCAAUCAAAUUAGAUCCAAAAAUAGCGUUUUGAGGAAUUAAUUCCCAGCAAGCUGGAAAAUGUUGUAAUACUUUCAUUUCAUUCUAAAUGCGUGUAAUCCAAGUUUGCUCCAUCCCAGGGGGUAUGCAUACAUUUUGGGAUCCUUAGGAGAUAUUUUUUUCCUUUCGAAACCACUUGAUUUUGAAGGACAUACGACAGUUCGUGGAUUAGACACUGCAUGGUAAGAAGGCGUUUUUGGAUUUUUAACAUGAUUUUACCAAAAAUAAUAAAUGUCGACCUUUUUAUACAAUUUAGACUAGGAAUACAUAUUAGGGUACCUUCAAUAAAUCAAUAUGUUUUAUUGCAAGAACAUAAUUAAAUAACAUUUCGGAUCCUCAGAUAUCAGUUUUAAUCAUAAUUAGAACAAAUUUUCCGCCGGACGUACCGUUUUCGAUUUUCAAGCAAAAAAAACUGAAAAAGAGGAAACAUUUAUGCACACCUCCUGGAAUGGAGCAAACUCGGAUUACACGGAAUUUUAGGACAAAUUCGAAAAAAUCUAAUUUUAUUGGCCUAAUUGUGACACAUUAUUAUUUAAGAAAACGGGACUUAAUCGCGUUUGAUUAAGUUCUAAAAUUACCUCCAACGUCAAGAUAAUGAUGUCGACUUUACCCAGUCUUCUCCGAGACCAUGGGGAAAACGCCGUUUUUGAAACGUCGGGUCAGUGGUAAUUUUAAAACUUACCCUAUUAAGUCCCGUUUUCGUAAACAAUAAUUUGCUAUUUAAGACACUUGUGGCCAUUGGUUCUUGUUCUGACAAGAACCAAUGGCCAAUGGCUAAGCUCCUACUGAAGCUCUGCCUUUGCUCUCACAUGAAUGAGCUUCGCAGGAAAGCUCUAGAGGUUGCAAAACGCUGUGCGGAGUACGGCCUAUGCCUUUUAUGUCUUCUCACACUUGGACAUUGGUUGGCUCGCCUCCGGCCUUAUGCGAAGCACGAUCUUCAAUUUGCUAACACUUGACCUUACAUACUGUUGGAACAUUACUGCUGCAGUACUGUCAAUUUCCGUGAUAAAAUGAUGUGUUGGAUUGAAAAUUCUAUUCUCAGCAGUAAUGCGGCAAUAAACGUCACUUAAUUUACCAAGAAAAUUCAAUGGAAUCUUGAUGAGGGGGCACCAUGGUCUAGAAAUGCUUAGGGCAUCAAAAUGUCUUAAUCCGGCACUGACAAUACCGCUAGUCUAUUCUGCAUAUAAUUCCUUUCCAAAGGGAAAGAAACUACGCCUUGCAAUUUUUCUAUUUAUUUAUUUUUAUUUUAUUUUUUUAUAACUAAUUCUAUCCGAAAAUAUACUUAUUAUACCAAUGUAGUGAAACAAGGAAUUGCGAACUAAAGCACCUUUAUGUACAGUCGCCAUCAAAUAUAUCGGAGCGACCGACGCGCUCAAUAAUAUCUGAACACGCACUCCAACGGCUUGAAAAUAGAGGCGUGUUCAGAUAUUUGUGAGCACCUUGGCCGCUCCGAUAUAUCUGAUGGCGACUGUAUACACUCAUUUUCUUAUCAGUUUCAUAAACUAACUUUAUCGUCUUUGACCCAAAAUUUAAGACCAUUGAUGAAACAGCUAAUACAUCUCUAUCUCCACAGAUGUUGGUCGAAAUGUCACAACAUGACAUUAAGCUCCACUCCAGGAGUAUAAAUAGCCUGGAGUGGAGUGGUGAAGUUAAAUAACUUCGUGGACACAAAAGACAAUUUAGGUUUUCCCAGUAUUUUCAUACCAAAUUGGCAAGCCUCCUGGUAAGACUACAUACUAUUGAAAAAUUGAAUAAAACGAGGAUCUGUUAUAAAAUCUCAUAUAUUCAUAACGCAUCGCAAAAUAUAACUAUUUUGUAUUCAUAUACACCACUCACCGUAGAUAUAGUCAUGCUAGCUUUACGCCCGCCUUAUGCAUACCUCACUUAUACUAACGUAGAUCUGUUUUUACUUCACUAUAUUAACACCUAAUUACUAAUCGACAAAUAUAUAUAUAUGACAAUUUUAUUCUAUAAUAAGAUCCUGUCAGCAUUCAAUAAAUAGGGACAGCCAAAGUAGCCAAAUAUAUCGGAACACAUCUACAGGUUGAUUUAUGAGACGGGAGCAGGACCACAACAUGAAAAAUAAACGGAAGGUUCGUUCCCGCCGUUCUUGAAAAUAUGUACAUACCUAAACUUGCCCGAUUCACUAGGGUUGCUUCAGUAUUAAUUUCGAAUUUUAAAAAGGAGUAGGUAAUAUAAGUUGACAGACAUACAUACAUCGAUUCCUUUAUCUAUACAUCUUAUCAUGUUUACGUUCCUUAGAGACUGCAUUUCGACGUACAUGACAGUAGGUACCUACGUAGCGGCGGGGACGUCAAGCAACGCGCGCACAGCCCGACUAAGCUCUGCCCGAGAGUGCCCGAGAACGCCUGUAAAUGUGACGUCUGUGUGCGUGCGGCGAAAAUGGCACUUUGUACUGAGCGGACUCUCUGCUCCGGCGCGCGCCGCCGCUAUUUACUCUGUGGCAGGACCAAGCCUACACAAUCAGUAACUGUUAAUGAAUCGUUCACCGUCAUAUUUAAGUAAAACAAUCACACUUUUUUUCUAUUAUUUAACUUUUUUUAAGGACAAAUUUGAUUAUCUACAAUCAUAAACCCUACAACACUUAAUUAACAAAACCUCUUUAACCGUUAUGACAGCACUUUGAUUAUGAAGAAAAUAAAAUGUCACACUUGAGUGAGAUACAAUUUUUCAAAAGUAACCAGACUCCGAUGACAUUCAAUUUGUCAUUUGUUAUGGACGAAACAAAGAGGUUGACCAUAAAUGUCGUACAUAAAUAAAUAAAUAGAUUGAACAGUAAAAAUUAAAUUAACGGAGAUCUCACAAAUACUGGUACGAAACAGUUGCUUAUAACUGCUCACGUCUACUGAAUCAUCCUGUAUAGUAUGUAUUUAUCCACUUUGGCUGCCACUAUUUGAUGAGCGUUUAUUUUUUUGCCAC